AUGAGUUGGGUUGCUAGAAAGGCCAACAUCCAGGGCGACAUCUGGCCCGGUCUACCCAAGAGAUGUCAGACCUUCUUGUUCUUCAAGAUUAAAAAGGGAGAUGAAUUCAAGACGCGGCUCAGGUCAUUUGUGGAAGCGGGUGGUAUAACAAGUGCGCAGGACGCACUUGAUAUGAAGAAGAGGAUCCUCGAUGCAAAAACUCAAGCUACCCAGCAGUGUCGGCCAACCAAAAUUCAGUCGUUACCAGGAGUUAACAUUGCCUUCAGCUCAACCGGAUUAGGAGCAAUGGGAAAGUUUGUCUUCGAUGAGGCAGGCGUUAAAAAGGACAGAUCCCUUUCCAAAAUAUUCAGAAAUACCCAGCUGCGUGGUGGUCUAUUUGCAAAGGGCAUGUAUUCCGAUCUGGUUGGUGAGGGUUGGGAUGAUCCACAAGAGCUACGAAAGGAAUACCAUCCAUUCGGUCCGAAGGGUCAGCGGCAAAUUGAUGGGGUGUUCCUUGUUACAGCAAGUCGUGAAGACGAUCUUGCUCAAAAGGUUAAUGGUAUCAAGGAGCACUUCCUCAAGGAGCCAGGCUAUGGAGAUGCCAAUACCUACCGUGUCAGCAAUGACCCAGUUCUCGAAUUUCCUCUGGUUAGACAGGGUCGUACUCGUCCAGACAAGGGCAAGGAACACUUCGGUUUCGAGGAUGGAAUCAGCCAGCCGCUCCUCGAAGGCUUAGACGAGGUUCAAAUCAAAGAAAAGGAUCCUAAACCGACAAAGUCCGGACUGAUCUUUUCCAAACAUGACGGUGAUGAUAUGGGGCAACCGGACUGGGCCGAGGACGGUAGUUUCCUCGUUUUCCGAGACUUACAGCAACUUGUCCCUGAGUUUGAAAAGUGGCUGGAGGACAACAAGCACAAAGCACCGUUUGCCGCGUCCUCUGAUAACCCGAAAGAGAAACUUGCCGCAUACUUGAUGGGUAGAUGGAGAAACGGAACCCCGGUCGAUGAAAAUCCUCAUGAUGACAAAGAUCCAAGCCUCUACAGAUCCAACAACUUCGAUUUCCAUCCUGUCGACAAACACGACAAAUGUCCAUUUGCAGCCCACAUCCGCAAGAUGCGGCCUCGAGGAGACCUAGACCAUGACCAUGCAGUCAUUAUUCGUCGUGGCAUUCCAUAUGGAGGUGAAGUGAGUCCCGAGGAGAAGGCUGCGCAGAGAUCUGAUGACGAGAACGAGCGUGGCCUCCUCUUUGUCUGCUAUCAGAGUGAUAUCCGCAAUGGAUUCAACUUCUUGACUACUCGCUGGGCGAGCAAUCACUACUUCCCCGACCGGAAGUCCAACUUCAUCGAUGACCACGGUCCUGGUAUUGAUGCCAUUGUGGGUCAGAAGCUCGAUCAUCACCCGCCUCGGUCUAUCGGUCUUCCCGAUGGUAAGAAUCCUACUGAGGCUCGCCUGGACCUCGAUCGCUGGGUUAUCCACAGGGGUGGCGAAUAUUUCUUCUCGCCAUCAAUCAAGGCGCUGAAGGGAUAUCUGACAGAUGCCUCUGACUACCCACCAGCCUUUACAACUCCAUGA